AUGGAAGAAUUCACCAAAAAGACUUUUACGACAUCUAGGUCGUUGACAUACGCCUUUUAUGAUUCUAUCCGUGUAACAGAACGCUCGGAUUUCAGCCACACUCUCCUCUUACUCCAUGGCUAUCCUGACUCGGCGCAAAUUUGGUCAGAGGUUGCACCAAAAUUACUCUCCUCUGCCUACCGUAUCGUCAUCCCGGACCUUCUUGGUUACGGCGAUACCGAUAAGCCGACAGACCCUGCAGCAUACGACUCAAAGUCCAUGGCCAUCGAUCUCGCAGAGUUACUAGCCUCGGAAGGCAUCGCACACGCCAUUGCAAUCGGUCACGACUGGGGCUCUUUCAUGGCUCAGCGGCUGUACUUCUGGGCUCCUGAGCGCGUCGCCGGUCUCGCCAUGCUGAACGUUGCAUACAUGACACCCUUUGAGCGCAACUUCGACCUUGAUCGGCUCAACGCAGCCGCAGAGCGCGCCACAGGUCUUGCGCGUUGGAGCUACUGGGGCUUCUAUGCCUCCGAUGUUGCAUCCGCCAUCUGCUGUGCUCACGCAGAGAGCUUGUGGUGCGCAAUUCACUCGGUGCACGAAGACCUCCGUCGCAACCUUUACUCCUCCAAAGGUGCCCUACAGAGCUUCCUUGAAGAAAAUAAGAAAAGUCUGGCCCGUACUUAUGAAGGAGUGAAAAGAGAUUUGAAGAGUGAAUGGCUGACACGGAUGGAGAGGAAUGGCUUUGAGGGCCCGCUAUGUUGGUAUAAGGCUAUAGUGCGUGGUAUCACACCCGCCACCGAGACUGAGCUCGGACAUGACCGACUGGUGGUGAACGUCCCGGCUCUGUUCAUUGGCGCGAGCAAGGACCAGAUCUGUUUGCUUGGCGCCAUUAGAGCUCCUUGGGCGGAAGGUUUUUUACCAGAUUUGCAGAUUAAACAAGUGGAUAGUUUUCAUAGACCAAUGCUUGAAAAGCCUGAAGAGCUAGCUUGGUCUAUACAACAUUGGUUGAUCGAGAGAUUCCAGUAA